AUGGCCGGUAUCCUACGCUGCGUGCUCAUCAUCACGAACCCCGUCACAGGCGCGCAGCAGGCAGGUUCGUGGGCCGUUCGCGAGACCUUUGUCGCAAUCGUCACCACCAACAUCCCGAUGAUCUUCCCCCUGCUCCGGCGCUGGCUUACACCCAUCUUCGGAUCCAUCUCGAGUACCCUGUCACGAGGCGGCACCAACAAUAAGUACGACAACGCUAAACGAUCCGACCUACCGGCACCCGGGAGCAUCAUGCUUGGAAGUGUGACGGAGGGUAGCAGUAAUAAGAAGAAGAAUCGACCGCCAUACACGCAGUAUCCGAUUACAGAGAUCACCAUGUCCGGGAGCGAGGAGCACCUGAACAAAUCACCUCCUUUACCGGGAGGCAUCAGCAAAAAUGUGGAGAUACAUAUUAAAGAGUCGAAAAGGACCACCGAGAGAGACACGUCGAGCACAGACAGUAAUAUUGAGGGCCGAGAUGCAUACUUUACGGUCGAGGUGAAUGGGGUUGAAAGACCAAAAGCAACGAGGAGCAAGAGCUAUCGAGAGAGCAUGAGAUCGACGUUCUCGGUGGGCGGUAAUAGGAAAGACGACAGCAUUGUAUAA